AUUUGACCAUUUUUCAAUUGUUUUAUACUGAAUACAUUUUUCUGUUGAACUUUGUUCAACAUUUCCUUCUAGAUGAGCAGGCGUAAUUCACUCCAAAUAUUGGAAAGCUUUUUCAGAAGUUGAUGCCGUUAUGUGACGCGCACCCCCUUUUUCCUGUUGAAUUUGAGGGGAAAAAUUGUGUUAGGUACUAGCUUGAGUAAAUGUGGGUAUUUUUGAGACAAUAUCACAUCACUCCUGCAAAUGUUUGAAUGACGGGAGUGUACCCUCAAAGCACUGCUCAAGACUGCUCCCCGUUUCAACCAGAUUGCUAUCUCCAUUGAAAGGAAAAUAUUGCGAAGUGUGCUUCUUGCAAUCCAUUUUGGCAUUGGUUUCAUGAAGUCAAUUUCAAUUGUGUUCAAGAAAGAAUCUCAGUGUUUUCAAAAGUUCAGUUGCCAGAACUUCGUGAUUUUGCUUCAUUUUUCACCAGAAAUCCUUGAGAGGAAUAUGAUGCUCUUCCAAUUUUUUGAAGGGAGUUUGAGUGAAAGACUCUAUAGUGUGGCCCAUGGGUGACACAGCCUUUGCAGAGUCUCCGAGGAGGCCUGGAAUGGUGGUAUUUGACCUGGAUUAUACCCUGUGGCAAUUCUACGCUGACUGUGUGUCUGCGCCGUUUGUUGUACAGGAGAAAGGAGACUUCCCGGUGAUCAAGUCUGUUGAUGGACAAAGGCUGAAACCAUUUCCAGACUCGGUGAAGAUUUUGAAGAAGCUGAAGGAAGAAGGAUAUUUGAUUGGUGUUGCAUCAAGAUCCCCAACUCCCAGUGUGGCAUGGAAGGCCAUUGAUGCGUUUGAAUGGAGGAAAUUUUUUGAUCAUUCUGUGAUUACCCCCGGGUGCAAAAGGCAUCACAUCAAAGAGUUAUCCAAAGAAAGUGGAGUGAGUCCAAAGGAGAUGAUCUUUUUUGACGAUGAGCACAGGAACAUUAGGGACCUGGAGGAUGUUGUUGGAGUGUGCUGCUUAGUGGAUGGUGUUAGUUUUGAGGAAGUCCGGAAAGGCUUCAGAAAAUUUGCUGCUUUGAAUUCCUAAUGAUGCAUAUGAAGUCACAAGAACAUGCUUGCAAAUCUGUGUACACA